CGUCAGAGCCAUUUUCACUGAGUAAGAGCACGCCGCUCUCAGCCAAGGAAAGAGAGAGAAAGAGUGCGCAUUCUGGAUUCUACCGAUUCUUCACUCUUUCUUCCUCUCUCCACUUUCUGUUGCCCCUCUAGAGGCAAUUUGGGUGAGCGAAGCCUCUGGUGGACACGCAAUGGGGCAAAGUGCCUGUGGCAACUGGGCCGUUGUGCUUCCGAGGGGGGGAGGGGGUAGAGAGCCGACCGGCGCACAGAGCUAACAGAUUCAGCCGGCCUCAGGCCUCUGCGCCUCUCACUCUCAUGCUCGAGUCUCCGGCUAGAGGCUUCUAGGAACUCAACCUCUUUCUCUUAGGACUAUGGUGGACUAACUAUGGAUUAACAUGUAUUUGGCUCAGUGGAUUUUGGGACAUAUACGAAAGAUCUGGCGAUUUGAGAGCGAGAAGUCGCUGUGUUUUGGGAUUGAGUGACGAACUUUUCUUGCCUUUUUAGUUCCCUUUCUGUUUUGCUUUUGUGGCGAGAGGAACUCCUCAAUGGAUUACAAAAUUCUUUCCAAGUCCAAUGAUUUGUUGGAUUUUCAGACACUGGAUGCUCUUUUGGAAAAAAUUGCACAUUGCUCCGUCCCUCUUAAAAGAGAGCCCAGCGAGCAGUGCAAUGGAAUUAGCGGUGCUCUCCCUACGGAGCCCGCGCCCGGCUCGAGACUGAGCGAGUGGUGUCCUGCCGCACCCCCUCCCGUCCCUCUGCCCGCGCUCCACCCAGCCAGUAUGGGGGACGGCUUGGACGCAGUGCAGAUGUCGGGGAGCAGCAGCAGUCAGGGGCAGCCCUCGUCCCAGGCCCCUUCCCUUUUAAAUCCUCCUCCCCCAGAAACUUCCGACCCUUCCCGCCCCAAGCGCCAGACCAACCAGCUGCAGUUCCUGCUAAAGUUUGUGCUUAAGACCCUUUGGAAGCAUCAGUUCGCCUGGCCUUUCCAUUCACCUGUUGAUGCCGUUAAGCUCAAUCUGCCUGACUAUUAUAAGAUAAUCAAAAAUCCUAUGGACAUGGGAACAAUCAAGAAACGCUUAGAGAACAGUUACUACUCAAAUGCCCAAGAAUGUAUUCAAGAUUUCAACACCAUGUUUACCAACUGCUACAUCUAUAAUAAGCCUGGGGAUGACAUAGUCUUAAUGGCAGAAGCACUGGAGAAGGCGUUCCUCACCAAGAUUUCUGAAAUGCCCCAGCAGGAGGUUGAGAUCACAACCACAAGCGGCAAGGGUCGUGGUCGGGGCAGGAGGGAUCCAGACCUGAACCUGAAGAUAGGACCUGGCCUGGAUUCUUCACCCACAAACCCUCAAACACGUGGCCUUUCCAAUCUCACCCCUGGGCCACAGAAUAGAGGACCCACACAGGGUCCGCCCACUUUACCUUCCCAACCUGCCAUGCAAGUCUUGCCCCCUCGAGUGCCCCCUUCACUCCCUCCCCAUGCACCGCAAUUAGGGACACCUUUUUCUCUGGGCCCCACUGACUGCACCCCACAGACUCCCAUCAUGACUGCUGUGCCUCCCCCUGCCCAGACCGCCCUGCCGCCCAUUCACAUGCAGCAGAGCACUGCCCCCAUUCUACAGAACCCCAUCCCGAUGGCUCCCAAAAGAAAGAGCCAGAAAAGGAAAGCAGACACCACAACACCUACUGCAAAUGACCAGCUGAGCGAAUCCUCGCCUGCUGAGUCAAAGUCGGGAAAGACACUGCCACGCCGGGAUACUACACGACCAAACAAAGUACCCAAAAAGGAGACACCAGACUCCCAACACCAUUGGACGGCUCCCACUGGGACUCCUAGCCCCAAGCAACAAGAGCAGUUACGCUAUUGCUCAGGCAUUGUAAAGGACAUGUUUGCUAAGAAGCAUGCGGCGUAUGCCUGGCCCUUCUACAAGCCAGUUGAUGUGGACACUCUAGGACUGCACGAUUACCAUGAUAUCAUCAAACAUCCCAUGGAUCUCAGCACCAUUAAGGACAAGUUGGAAAACAGACAGUACAGAGAUGCUCAGGAGUUUGCAGCAGAUGUACGGUUAAUGUUCUCCAACUGCUACAAGUACAACCCUCCAGAUCAUGAAGUGGUGGCUAUGGCUCGCAAACUGCAGGACGUGUUUGAGAUGCGUUUUGCUAAAAUGCCCGAUGAGUCAGAGGAAAUGCUAACACCUGCUCCUGCACCAGCGCUCCACCCGGCUCCUGUAAAGACACAGCCGCCCUCAUCCUCUGACAGCUCCAGCGAAUCCUCAUCUGAAUCUGACUCCUCCACGGAUGGCUCUGAAGAGGAGAGAGCCCAGAGGCUAGCAGAGCUUCAGGAGCAGCUGAAAGCAGUGCAUGAGCAGCUGGCUGCCUUGUCCCAGCCUCAGGCCAGCAAACCAAAGAAGGAAAAGAAAGAAAAGGAGAAAAAGAAAGACAAGCACAAAAAGAAAGCAGGAGUUAUGCCUGCACUGGAGGAGAUCCUGGAGCCGCCCCCUGUUCUUAAGGCUCAGGGAAAGCCCAAGAACAAGGAUCCUAUGCUUAAGAAGUCCAAAAAACCCAGUAAGAAGGAGGGAGGUAAGGGCAACCGCUCCGUGGCUCCCCCAGGCAACGCCCCACCCACCCUGCAGCCUGUAGUAGGCCUGGAUACUGAGGAGGAUCUUGGUCUGGCCGGAGGGCCGGCAAUGACAGGCAUGGCAGCUGGGGAGAAGUGUAAGCCCAUGUCCUAUGAAGAGAAGAGACAGCUGAGUCUGGAUAUUAACAAACUGCCUGGUGACAAGCUGGGUCGUGUGGUCCACAUCAUCCAGUCCCGUGAGCCCUCGCUUAAGAACUCUAACCCGGAUGAGAUUGAGAUCGAUUUCGAGACAUUGAAGCCCUCCACACUGCGGGAGCUGGAGAGAUACGUGUCGUCCUGUCUCCGCAAAAAGAAAAAGCCUGCUGUUCCAGAGAAGACCAUGGAGGCAAUGAAUGCUGCAAAGACAAAAGGCUCAUCAUCAGAAUCGGGCAGCAGCAGUGAGUCCAGCUCUUCAGAAAGUGAAGACUCUGAAACAGCAAUGGCUUCCAAGCCGAAGAAAAGGGGUAGAGGUGAAGGGAAGAAGGCUCAUCACCAGGCGAUGGCUCCAGGCAUUCCUCAGCCGCAGGUUCCUCAUCAGCCCCAGACCGUGUCACUGCAGCCCACCAUUCAGCUGAAACAACAGCAGCAUCCCUCUCCUGCCGCUUACAUGGCUCCCCCUGUCACAGCGCUGGAGCCCUCACAGCUGCUGGAGAACCCCUUUGACCCUCUGUCCCACUUCGGCCAGCCCCUCAUGCACCUUUCUCACCACGCCAAUGACUCGUCCUCCCCUGCACCGCCUCACCUCAACACUCACCCUCCAGGAGGCACUGUGUCGCCUGACACACACCCAUUCCUGAACCAGCACCACAUUCACCCAUCCCCAGCCCUGCACAACGCAAUGCCCCAGCAACCUUCAAGGCCCAGUAACAGGGCAGCCCCGCUACCUCCUAAACCUCUGCAACAGAGCACGCCCCAGCAGCAGCCCCAGCAGACCCUGCCACAGCAGCUCCAGCCCCAGCAACCCCCGCCGCCCCAGCACCACCUCCCUCCACACCUCCCCCAGCCUCCUCAGCCAAUACGCCAUCGGUCCCUCUCUCCCCCCACACUCACUCCCCAGGGCCUGCUCUCCUCCCAGCCCCCACAGAUGCUGCUGGAGGAUGACGAGGAGCCCGUUCCCUCCAUGAACCUGCCCAUGUACCUGCAGCACCUGCAGCCAAACCGCCUGCAGCAGCAAACCCAGCAGACGACUUCAUUAAUUCAGUCUCUACAGAGCAGGCAGCAGCAGCCAUCUCUGCUGCAGACAGUGCAGGUUCAGUCUCAUCUGGGCCCGCAGAGCUCCCUGUCCACUGCACAGCUCCCCAUUCAAAUGCAGUCUCAGCCGUCAGCAUCACACCAGCCCUCCCCGCAGCUCUCACAGCAUCAGACCAGACACAUGCAGCACUCACAGCAGCAAAUGAACUUCUCACAAGGUCCAGUGCAGACAACACAAACGCAGCCCAGCCAACACAAAAUGCCCACCACGAAAGCACAGCAGAUCAUGCAGCAGCAGCCGCCACAGCAUCAUUCUCCACGUCAACACAAGUCUGACCCUUAUAACUCGGCACAUUUGCGAGAUAACCCCUCCCCGCUUAUGAUCCAUUCCCCUCAAAUUGCUCAGUAUGGUUUAGUCCACCAGUCCCCUCCUCAGGUCAAAAAGGAACCACAACGAGGUCCUUCAGCUCUGGGUGGCAUUAAAGAAGAGAAGUUGCCACCGUCACCUGUGAUGCGUGGUGAGCCCUUCAGUCCAGCCAUGAGACAAGAGCCUCAUAAACACACUGACAGCAAACCCGCAAUGCCAGGCCAUAGCCAACACAGAGCAGAUAUGAAACCACUUGAAAGUUCCCGUCCUGUCAUCCGCUCCUCUGAGCAGAGCGGUCCACCUCCAUCCAUGCAGGACAAAGAUAAAUUCAAACAGGAGCCCAAGACACCGGUGGCUCCUAAAAAGGUACAGGACGUGAAACUAAAGAACAUGGGUUCCUGGGCAAGCCUGGCACAGAAAUCCACCUCCACUCCCUCGUCUGCUCUGAAGUCAUCCAGCGACAGCUUUGAGCAGUUCCGACGUGCGGCCCGGGAGAAGGAAGAGCGAGAGAAGGCCUUGAAGGCUCAGGCUGAGCAAGCUGAAAAAGAUCGUCUGCGAAGAGAACAAGAGAAACUUCGGGGACGAGAUGAAGAGGACUCCAUGGAGACUACGAGAAGGCCUCAGGAGCAGCCACGCAGGCGGCCAGAGCCACAGCAGGUCCAGGCCCCUCAGCAGCAGCAUCCAGCUCAGUCCCAAGCCCAAAACCCGGCCCAACCGCCCUCUGCACCGCAGCCUUCCCAAGCCCCGCCGCAGUCCCCCGCCUCUUCCCAGAGUGCACUUGACCAGCAGAGGGAGCUCGCACGUCGCCGGGAGCAGGAGAGGAGGAGGAGAGAGGCGAUGGCAGCUACUAUUGACAUGAAUUUCCAAAGUGAUUUGAUGGCUAUCUUUGAGGAGAACUUGUUCUGAAGUGCAAGAGGGAGCGAUAAACUGCAAAACAGAUCAUGGAUUCCUCUACAUGGACAGAAUGAACUCGUACAGCAGGAAGGGAAAAAGACCCCAUCUGACCACAAGAAACACUGAAGAGGCUGAACUAGCGAUGUAGAAGCUGAGGCCCUGAGAGAGGGAGCUGUAGCUCUUCUUUUGCCUUAGCAGAAAGAGGGACGCCAUCGCCUCUCCGGCAUUCCUCCUGGAUUUGGCAUUGUGACCAUGGCGUGAAUGAGAGGACUUGUGUGACUUAAUUCAGAGUAUGGGAGCAAUGGACAAUGUGAUCAAGGAGGAAUAUAUGACUAUUAAAUGUAUUGAUUAUCUGUAGUACGGCAUCCAUCGACUGCCAGAUGUCUGUGGGGGAUUAGACGACGUCUUUGUUUUCCUGUUUGAUUUCGUUUCCCUCCCAUCGUUUUGUUUUUGUCAUCUCCUUUCCUCCUUUUUUGCAAAAACACGUAGGCAAAUGGCAGGAUGGGAUUCGGGGGCACUUAAAGAUCUUCCUCAGGAGAGGAAGUACAGCUCGCCUUACACCUCUGACUUGUAAACAUGACGACGACAAACAAUAUUCACCAGGGGCUGUGACUAAACAUGGUGUGUUUCACACUGUUAUCAUGUGCAGAUUUUUCAUUAUGUAGGAUCUACUGUAAAAAGGUAUUUUCUUAAUUACUGUUUUGGUUGAUCGGUUGGUUGUAUUUCUUGUUUUGUUUUUCUUUUUUUAAAUAUUUUUAAUUCUCUUACCAACACCUUACCCCCUCUGAUGUCUAUGCCAAACACCCGUAUCAUUUAAUGCUGACAGCCGAGACCCGAAACGCUUCACUUAACAUGUCUUUCUUAAUAUAUAAAUAUAUUUUCUUGUUCUCCCCACUCGUCAUUGAAAAGUUUAGGUAGCCUUGUAGAAAAUAAACCCUAAUAUAUGCAUUAUUCUGACAAGUGUUAACUGAGGACAGAAACCAUUGAGAGAGAGAGAGAGAGACUUUCAUUAUUCAUCGUUUUCACGUCAACCUGGUGAAGAAUUGACCUAUAAGAGGCGGUUUCUGAGUGUCGUUUAGUUGAAAUAUAAUUUAAAGAAUACAGUAACUAUUUUAAGUGUAUUAUACAUAUAGAAGGAAAACUUGCAACAACUGGUACAUGUUCACGCUGUCGCAUUCUAGAAUACGCCAUGUAAAUGCCAGGCAAAUUUGGCUCUUCGCAGCACUGCAGAGAAGAGGCAGAACGGAGCUCUCAGCUGGUCACUGCAUGACUCCUCUUUUCUUUUCACAAAUAAUUUUAUUACAACUGCACAGAGAGAACUCUGUAUGCUGUAUUAGAUAUAAUUACAAAAAUUCUGAAACAAAAAAAUAACAAAAAAACAAAAAAAUCAAACAGUUCUGAUUUAUCAUUGUUCUUGUUCGAUUCUAGUGGAUGUGUUCUAAUUCUGUUGUUUGACUCAGCAAGGGGGGCGGGGGGCACAAUUUGAGACCUUGGCAGGUCCUCUGAGUUUUCUCUUAUAGUGUUUUCUCCAGUGCCUGUAUUGUAUUGCGAUUCUAGUUGGCAUAUAUUACGUUCUGGGAGGGCGAGGGUGGGGGUGCGAUUUGCCGAAAGAUCCGGGAGGGAAAAUUGGGGAUUUAGGGGAGAGCUUGUGUUUAAAUGACAAAAAAGGAAAGUAAACAUUUUAUAUUUGACCCAUUUACAAUAUUCGGGUUUCAAUCUAGUUUUAGCUGGACUUCUUAAUUAUAUGCCGAACAACUAUGUUUUUCAAUUGCUAAAAACUGCUAAGAGGACACAUCCGAGCAGCCACAUGAACAUCACUGACUUGCAAGUCUGGAUAUUUGGAUGUGUGCAUCAUGUCAGUAUGGGGGGGGGGGGGUUGCUCUUACCUGGAGGUUUCAAUCAUAACAACACUUCAUUUAAACAAUAUGCUUUGCAAACUUUUCAUGAAGUCCACUUAUAUAAAUAUCUAUUUUUUUUCCUUUGGUUAAUUUGGUCUGUAAAAGUUUAAAGAAGAGAAAUACUUCAUUCCUUCGAGCCUUUAAAUGCAUUUUCUUUUCCAUGGUAAACAGUUGGACAUUAUGUGCCAUAGAUUCGGAUUCUCCGGAGAAUGUGCUGACCUGCUGCUCAGCAGAGAGUUUGCUUUAUUCAGGUAUUUUUGUUAUUUUCUUUUUUUGGGGGGGGCGGGGGGGGGGGGGGACAUUUUCCUCGAUUUCUGUUUGGUAUGUGCGUGGGCUUUCGAGGUCAAUGCUUCAAUCUGUUAUGAUCAUGAAAUAAACUCAUCUCUUUUAUAGAAAAUUAAAAGGAAACAAAAAAUGACCCUGUCUCCUCUCUUAUAAUUCAUUAGUUCACCUCUACACAAAAUCCAUCUGUUAUGUUUGAUGUGGCAUUGUUACUACACAUCAGUUUUCACAUUUGUUGACGUAUUAAAAUGGAUGGUUCUGUUGCUUAGAAAAGCUACUGCAUUUACAUGCCUGAUGCAGCAUUUGUAAUCAUGAGGUUACUUGAAGAUUGUUACUUUAAACACCUUAAGAGAGCUCAAGGCAAAAGGGUGAAACUUAAAAAGAAUUGUCCAGGUCAUAUUUCACCCAAAAAUUAAAGAUGAAAAUUCUAAAAGAAAAAUUGUUUUGCAUAUAGAGGAUAAACCCAAUUUUUUUUUUUUUUUUUUACAUCAACUGUACUUUUUAUACUUCAGUGUAAGUCAUUAAAACUCAUUUUUUUUAACCACUCCACAAAUUUAAUAUUAGCAAACUAUAGUUUUGGCAAGUCGUUUAGGACAUCUACUUUGUGCAUGACACAAGUAAUUUUUCCAACAAUUGUUUACAGACAGAUAGUUUCACUUUUAAUUGACUAUAUCACAAUUCCAGUGGGUCAGAAGUUUACAUAAACUAAGUUAACUGUGCCUUUAAGCAGCUUGGAAAAUUCCAGAAAAUGGUGUCAAGCCUUUAGACAAUUAGCUUCUGAUAGGAGAUGUACUGAAUUGGAGGUGUACCUGUGGAUGUAUUUUAAGGCCUACCUUCAAACUCAGUGUCUCUUUGCUUGACAUCAUGGGAAAAUCAAAAGAAAUCAGCCAAGACCUCAGAAAACAAAUUGUGGACCUCCACAAGUCUGGUUCAUCCUUGGGAGCAAUUUCCAAAUGCCUGAAGAUACCACGUUCAUCUGUACAAACAAUAGUACGCAAGUAUAAACACCAAGGGACCACGCAGCCAUCAUACCACUCAGGAUGGAGACACAUUCUGUCUCCUAAAGAUGAACGUAGUUUGGUGUGAAAAGUGCAAAUCAAUCCCAGAAAAACAGCAAAGGACCUUGUGAAGAUGCUGGAGGAAACGGAUAGAAAAGUAUCUAUAUCCACAGUAAAACGAGUCCUAUAUCGACAUAACCUGAAAGGCUGCUCAGCAAGGAAGAAACCACUGCUCCAAAACUGCCAUAAAAAAGCCAGACUACAGGUUGCAAGUGCACAUGGGGACAAAGAUCUUACUUUUUGGAGAAAUGUCCCCUGGUCUGAUGAAACAAAAAUUGAACUUUGGUCAUAAUGACCAUGUUUGGAGGAAAAAGGGUGAGGCUUGCAGGUCGAAGAACACCAUCCUAACCGUGAAGCAUGGGGGUGACAGCAUCAUGUUGUGGGGGUGCUUUGCUGCAGGAGGGACUGGUGCACUUCACAAAAUAGAUGACAUCAUGAGGAAGGAAAAUGAUGUGGAUAUAUUAAAGCAACAUCUCAAGACAUCAGCCAGGAAGUUAAAGCUCAGUCACAAAUGGGUCUUCCAAAUGGACAAUGACCCCAAGCAUACCUUCAAAGUUGUGGCAAAAUGGCUUAAGGGCAACAAAGUAAAUGUAUUGGAGUGGCCAUCACAAAGCCCUGACCUCAAUCCGAUAGAAAAUUUGUGGGCAGAACUGAAAAAGUGUGAGCCAGGAGGGCUACAAACCUGACCCAGUUACACCAGUUCUGUCUGGAUGAAUGGGUCAAAAUUCCAGCAACUUGUGGAAAACUUGUGGAAGGCUACCCAAAAUGCUUGACCCAGAUUAAACAAUUUAAAGGCAAUGCUACCAAAUACUAACAAAGUGUAUGUAAACUUCUGACCCACUGGGAAUUUGAUGAAAGAAAUAAAAGCUGAAAUAAAUCAUUCUCUCUAUUAUUCUGAUAUUUCACAUUCAUAAAAUAAAGUAGUGAUCCUAACUGACCUAAGACAGGGAAUGUUUUCAAUGAUUAAAUGCCAGGAAUUGUGAAAAACCGAGUUUAAAUGUAUUUGGCUAAGGUGUAUGUCAACUUCUGACUUCAACUGUAUAUGUUACAAUUUAAAUAAAUACUGUAGGUAU